GUCUAAUGUCUGCCCUUUCAAUGUGAUGUCUAUGGUGAAAGUAAGGAAGGCCUGCCUCAGAGCAUACACUAAAAUAGAGAGGAUUCGAAAACCCAACUGCCUCUACUCGGACGAAUAUUGCACUGACUACAAACCCAGAACUGUUUAUUACACGGGAUACACUCACAAAUUAGAACCGAGGUACCACACCAUCUACAGGUGCUGCACAGAAUGUCUUCCGGUCAGCGAUGACGGAUGCGUACACGAUGAGUGUAGUGGUCCUACUGAUGACUGCGAUGAAGAACGUCUCAGGACUUACACCCAUUGUACAUGUGAUAAGAAAAGGCAACAGCCACAUCACUGCAACAAAGACGAGAAUCCUUGUUUGAAAGAAAAUGGUGGCUGUUCGCAUUAUUGCCAUUUUGAAGAGAAGAUUUUCAGUUGCAGCUGUGCCAUCGGAUUUAUACUCUUGGAUGACAAAAAGACUUGCAAAGAGGUGGAUCCAUGUCUACGUGAGAAUGGAGGUUGUCACCAUCAUUGCCUCUACGAGAAUGGGGUACAGGCGUGCCUCUGCAUCGACGGUUAUGAAUUGCAAGAAGACGGAAGAACGUGCAAAAAGAAGAAUCCUUGUGGUGUAAAUAACGGAGGAUGUCAUCACUUGUGCCAUUAUGAUGAGAGUGAAAAUGUGCGCUGCUCUUGUCUUGAAGAGUAUGAACUAGAGGAGGACAAAACCUCAUGCCGAAAGGUGGAUCCUUGUGCUUUGGAGAAUGGUGGUUGUCACCAUUUUUGCAACUACGAGAACGGAAUGAAACGAUGUUCCUGUGAGAGUGGUUUUGAUCUUCACUCCGAUGGCCACACUUGCACAGAAAUCAAUCCGUGUCUGCUGAACAAGGGUGGAUGCGAUCAGUUCUGCAACUAUGAAGACGGCAGAAAACAGUGCCUCUGCCGCACGGGAUUCACUCUUCAGGCAGAUGCCAAAUCAUGCAAAAAGAAGGAUCCAUGUGAUGCGGAAGAUAAAGGUGGAUGUCAACACACCUGUUUCUAUGAUUCUUCAAAAGACAAAGCUAGAUGUGGAUGCUAUGAGAGUUACAGGCUUUUGCCAGAUGGAAAGACCUGUAAAGAAAUUAAUCCAUGCAACGUUAAAAAUGGUGGAUGUCAGCAUAAAUGCACUUUCAAGAACAAAGUGCAGAACUGCUCUUGCAAGGAUGGUUUUCUUUUACAAUCUGAUGGACGAUCUUGCAAACGUAUCAAUCCUUGCUCCAUUGAAAAUGGAGGCUGUUCUCACGAAUGCCGCUACGAAAAAGGCAUGGUACGCUGUGUUUGCCCAAAAGGACAUGCCCUGAAUAAAGAGAGGAAGAUCUGUCAGAAAAUCAAUCUUUGCUCCAAAUCGAACGGAGGGUGUUCUCAUCAGUGCACAUUUGAUGGAGGUAAAGUCACCUGCAUGUGUCCCACUGGAUAUGAACUGAAGAAAGACAAGAGAACGUGCACAAACGUGGACCCCUGCCUGGUUAACAAUGGGGGUUGUUCUCAUACCUGCCUAUUCAAAGCUGAGGAGGUCCAUUGUCAUUGCCCAGAUGGUUUUGCCUUAGAGGAGGAUGGAAAAAAUUGUAAAAAAAUUGAUCCUUGCUCCACAUCAAAUGGGGGAUGUUCACAUGAGUGCUCAUUCUCUGAGGGGGAAAUUAUCUGCGAGUGUCCGGCUGGACAGGAACUCAUGAUCGAUGGGAAAACAUGCAAAAAAGUGAAUCCCUGUUUGGUUGACAACGGGGGUUGUUCACACCUAUGCUUGUUCGAGUCUGAUGAGGUCCAUUGUGAUUGCCCGGUUGGUUUUGCUUUGAAUGAAGAUGAUAAAAUCUGCAAAAGAGUCAACCCCUGUCACAUUGAUAAUGGAGGAUGUCACCAAGAGUGUCAUUUAAAUGAUAAUGAUGACGCUUAUUGUUCUUGUCGCCAUGGUUUCACUCUUCAGGAAGAUGGAAAAUCUUGCGAAUGGAUUAACCCUUGCUCAGUGAAGAAUGGGGGUUGUCAGCAUCUGUGUUCGCCAAGAGAUGAAACGGAUGUGCUCUGUUCUUGUUUUGAAGGAUUCUCUUUAAACAAAGACCUCGUGUCGUGUGAUAGAAUCAACCCGUGCCUCACGGACAAUGGCGGAUGUCACCAUAUAUGCAUGUUUGAGAAUAACCAUGCAAUCUGUAGAUGUGAGAAAGGUCACACACUUAAAGAGGAUGGAAAACAGUGCGAGAAAAUUGAUCCAUGCUCGGAGAAGAAUGGAGGAUGUUCUCAAAAAUGUGUUUCCGUAGAUGGCGAGGUGAGUUGUCUUUGCCAUUCAGGAUAUAGGCUGACACAUGAUGGGAAGAAUUGUGAAAGGAUUGAUCCUUGCGAGGUUGAGAACGGGGGAUGCGAACAUGUGUGUCUAGCUAUAGAUGGAGAAGCGAGCUGCAGUUGCUAUCCUGGUUAUAGGCUGAAAAUCAGCACAAAGAUAUGUGAAGAUAUUAAUGAAUGCAGUGAAUUUUCCAAUUGCAGCCAUAUUUGCAAUAACACGCUUGGAUCUUUCCAAUGUUCUUGCAAACCUGGAUUUCAGCUUCAUUCUGACGGAAGAUCUUGUUUUAGAAUUGCGGAAGAGUUAGUGAGCCAUUGCAAAAAAGAUAACGGGGGUUGCGAACAGAAAUGUCAGGAAGAUUCAAAAGGACCCAUUUGCUCCUGUUUCAAAGGGUAUAAACUCAAGGAUGAUAAUAAAUCCUGCGGAGAUGUGGAUGAGUGUGAAAUAGAGAAUGGAGGAUGCGAUCAAAUGUGCCACAACACUAAAGGAUCUUAUUUCUGUUCCUGCUUGUCUGCCUAUAGGCUUCUGGAAGAUCAAAGAAAAUGCGAUAUCAAGGAAGACGAGAGCGAUCUGGGUCCAGAAAGAGGAGAUUUUCCUGAAAUUGAGUAUGUGGCAUACAGAGAAAAACAGAGGAAGAAACAGGGAACCCUUAGUGACACACCCUCACACUUGUCUUCCACAGGAUGCAAACCAGGAUCCUUUGGACCAGACUGUGUCUUUAAUUGUCAGCAAUGUAAAAAUGGUGGAUAUUGCAGCCCUGAUAAAUUCAGUUGCAUUUGCCAAUUAGGCUUCACCGGCAUACUCUGCAACAUUCCCUGUCCGCAAGGUCAUUAUGGUGCUGAAUGCCAAAGUCGCUGCCAUUGUCGAAAGGAGGAACUAUGCGAUCCUGUUAGGGGACAUUGUUUUUGUCCUUAUGGACAGGACAAGAAAGGACGCUGUAAGACUGGUUGUCCUCAAGGAAAGUAUGGGGAAGGUUGUGAGAAGAGGUGUCCCAAAUCCUGUCCCACAAGACACUGUCAUGGAGUUCAUGGGUUUUGUAUUUGCCCACCUGGACGAAGGGGCACUAAGUGCAACAAGCAGUGCAAAGGACACACUUAUGGAUCUAAUUGCCAGAUGAAGUGUCGCUGUCUUUGGAACAACACUGAAAAGUGUGACUCUCUGACAGGACAGUGUCACUGCAGGAAAGGAUUUACAGGAAGAUAUUGUGAAAUAAGCUGUGAUGGAGACCUGGCUGACUGCAUGCUACAAGAUGGAGUUCCAGUAGUUGUUUGUGAAGAAGGUUUUUACGGUCGAAAUUGUGACAGACCGUGCGAGUGUGUGAAUGCCAUUUCCUGCGAUAUUGUCUCUGGAGAAUGCCAGUGCUUUCCUGGGUGGACAGGACGUCGUUGCGACAAAGAAUGUGAGAGGGGUUUCUAUGGAGAAAAGUGUGAGCAGAAGUGUACAUCAUGCAUCCAUUGCAGUAGAGUGAACGGAGAAUGUAUCUGCCCUCCCGGAUUCCACGGAUCACAAUGUCGGGAGAGAUGUCCGCCAAAUAAAUUUGGAGUGAACUGCAAACACCGUUGCAAAUGUUCCAACAAUGCCACUUGUGACUUCAGGAACGGAUAUUGUUUGUGUUCCAACGGAUAUACUGGAAGUCGUUGCGAGCAAACCUGUCCCAGUGGAUGGUACGGACAUCAGUGCACAAAGAGAUGCCGAUGUCUUAACGAAGGCCAAUGCGACCACACAACUGGAAAAUGCAUCUGUCUUCCUGGCUUUAUGGGUCAACAAUGCGAGAAAAUGUGUGAAUCUGGUAAAUUUGGGAAAAAUUGUUCCCAAGAAUGUGAUUGUGAUGGCAAUAGAUGUGAUUCUGUGCUUGGACGAUGCAUCUGCCCACCAGGAAGGACAGGAAAUAAAUGUCAGAGCGGGUGUCCUGUGAAGAGGUACGGUCCUGGCUGCUCCUUCAGAUGUCGUUGCCGUAACAGAGCAACUUGUGAUGCGUACACGGGAAGGUGCAUCUGCCCUCCUAACUGGACGGGGUCAUCUUGCCAAAUUAGACAAAGAGAUGAACUUAGCUAGUACAAAAAGAGUCAUUUUUAGUGAUAAAAAAAUACAAGAGAAAAAGAAAAGUCAGUGAUGAAGUUUUUCCCUUUGCAAAGAACUAUCAUCGUGUAUAAAAGAGAAGCUCUAUUUAUUUUGCCUAUUUUGUUCGUCACAUUCACCGUCAGCCACACCUGUUGCAUCACUUUCAAAGUCGCAUUGACAUUAAAAAUCAUUCGAUUAAUUCGUUGUAAAUAUUAAUUCAUGUCAUUUUUUUUUAUUGUGUAAAUGGUUAUUCAUUAUGUUUCACUCCAAAUAAACUAUUAAAAAUAUA